GUGCGAAAACCAAAACAAGAAUAUUGCAACAAAAAACGAAACUGUUUUGUCAGUUUUCUUUUCGCGCUCCAUCGGUUACAUUUCCGAUUUCUUCUUUCCACUAAUUUUUUUUUUCUUUUUCUCUCCUUCACCUUCAAGAUUUAAAGUACUGUUUAAAUUUCUGUUCCUGUUAUAUGGUACCUCAAAAUUCACUUUCUUCAUUCAUCUCUUUAUACCUCAGAGUUUCUAAUAUUUCAUUAUGGGAAUUUUCAGUAAUUUACUAGGAAUUAUAGGAUUUGGAAUUGGAAUUUCAAUUGGUCUUUUAGUUGGUUUCUUUUUAUUCAUUUAUUUCGAACCUCAAUAUGUUAAGGUAAUCACAUUCUAUCUUAAACCAUUCUGUUAAUACGAUAUGUAUGUUACAGCGGCCUACCAACUGAGUUAACCCCUGAUUGAUAUUUUUCCAUUUUAAAUGUUUUACAACAUUUGAUGAAGCAACUGGUGAUUAUGAAUUUCUUUUUCUUUUCUUACAUUGGUAAACAAUCUGAGGACUAAAUUUGCAGGAACCAAUAAUCAGGAAGCUUCAUGAAUUGGACACUAACUCUAUGCUUGAUGUUUUGCCAGAGAUUCCUAUGUGGGUGAAGCAUCCUGAUUAUGACCGAAUUGACUGGUUAAAUAAGUUUAUAUCCGAUUUGUGGCCGUAUCUUGACAAGAGUAUACCGACAAGUUUUUUAUGAAGUCUAUAGAUUUUAAAAGCUUGAGUCUUGGUACUCUUCCUCCUAUAAUUCAUGGUAUCAAAGUGCAUGAAACUAAUGAAAAAGAACUACUAAUUGAGCCUGCAAUCAAAUGGGCUGGAAAUUCUGACAUUACUCUGGUGUUCAAAUUCUUAUCUUUACCAAUCAUAGUACAGCUGUUGGAUGUUCAAGUUUCUGCAGCACCAAGGAUAACCUUAAGACCUCUUGUGCCUACUUUCCCUUGCUUUGCCAGUGUAGUAGUUUCCUUGCUAGAAAAGCCACAUAUAGACUUCGGAUUGAAACUGCUUGGAGCUGAUGUUAUGGCAAUUCCUGGCCUGUAUCAAUUUGUUCAGGAAUUAAUUGCAAAACAAAUUGCUAGUCUCUAUCUCUGGCCACAAGCACUUGACAUACCGAUUCUUGAUGGUUCAGUAGGGGCUAUUAAGAAGCCUGUGGGCAUAUUGCAUGUGAAGAUCGUACGAGCACUUAAACUCUUGAAGAUGGAUUUGCUGGGAACUUCUGAUCCUUUUGUUAAACUCAGCCUGUCUGGAGAAAGGCUUCCAGCAAAGAAAACUUCUAUUAAGAUGAAGAACCUUAACCCCGAGUGGAAUGAGCACUUCAAGCUUAUUGUCAAGGAUCCUGACUCUCAAGUUCUUCAAUUGCAUGUUUAUGACUGGGAAAAGGUUGGAACUCAUGAUAAGUUGGGGAUGCAAGUAGUUCCAUUGAGAUUACUUAGUCCUUGUGAAACUAAAAGAUUGACACUUGACUUGGUCAAGAACACAAAUCGCAACGAUCCUCAUAACAAAAAACAUAGAGGCAAGCUUGUUGUGGAGAUGACAUUUAAUCCUUUCAAAGAAGAUAAUAAUAGAUUUAGCGGUCCUUUAGAUAGUUACGAGAGGAAAGGAAGUAGCAUUGGAAGAAUUCCUGAAGACAUUUCAUUAUAUAGAGGUGGUUUGCUUUUAGUUACAGUUCAAAGAGCCGAGGAUGUUGAGGGAAGGCAUCACAAUAACCCUUAUGCAUUGGUUAUCUUCAGGGGAGAACAAAAGAAAACUAAGCUGAUCAAGAAAACUCGAGACCCGAGUUGGAAUGAAGAAUUCCAGUUUGUACUAGGAGAAGCUCCAUUGCAGGAAAAGAUCCAUAUUGAAGUGAUGAGUAGGAGGACAGGAUUCAGCUUCCGACCCAAGGAAAUGUUGGGGUAUGUGGAUAUUAAUCUUGUGGAUGUGGUGUACAAUGGGCGCAUCAAUGAGAAGUAUCAUCUCAUCAAUUCCAAAAAUGGAAUAAUAAUUGUUGAUAUUAGAUGGAAGGCUCUAUGAGAAGUUGCCAUGAUGUAACAUAAUAUAGCUCGGAAAUUACUUUGAAGCACAUUGUAUAUAAAUGUCUGUAAACAUGAAUAUUCUAUUUCCAAUCCUAAACAUGAUAUACAUAUUGCUUAUUUAAUGCUGAUUAUGCACUAAUUUAGGUUUGA